AUGGACCUGCUAUACAACAAGUCCUCUCUUACUUUAGGAUCUUGUCCACGUGGCUGGCGAGAAUGGGAUGGCUUCUGUUAUCAAAUAGAUGGCGCUAAAUCACAGUGGAAAACAUGGACUGAUGCUGACAACUACUGCUCAGCCAUGGGUGCCCAGCAUGUAAAAAUAGAAAGAGACAGCCAAAGGAAUUUUGUCAACUCAGUUCUUGCAGAACUAAAGGCAGCUAACGCCCAAGACAUGUGGAUAGGCGUGUCAGAUAAACUCACCGACAAUGUGUUCAAAUGGUCUGAUGGAACGACUGCGGUGACAGGAUACACGAAAUGGGGUACUGAUGAGCCGAAAACGGUGGAUAAUAGAUACGACUGCGGAUUCAUGAACACGGAGAUACGUGCCCUUGACUAUUACACGGUCCGACAGGGUGAUUGCUUAGGCCAGGAUAUCUCUGGACACUUGGACGUCAAUAAAGAACAAUGCGCCGAGUUAUGCAACAAGCAAGUGGGUGGAGCGAGGGAUUGUGUAGGUUUCAUAUACAGUUUAACAGUACCCAAACACUGCUGGUUGAAACAUACUUCGUGUGCAGUCACUAGACCAUUGAGGGACACACAGAUGCAUGAUAAAAUUGCAAAUCCGGAUCCAAAGUGGUACACUGGGUAUUGUUUCAACAGGAAGCCCUUCAUGUGUCAAAUCCCCAUUCACCAGACGUUAAAGCCUACAACCUCACCGCCAGUGGAAUACGCAUGCGCAGGCAGUCCUGAUUGGAAAGUCAUCGGAAACGUCUGCUUCUUGAAGGUCACGGAGAGGAAAACUCGUCCAGUCGCACAAGAUGACUGCGUCACAAGAGGCGGGAAUUUGGCUACAAUCAGAAAUGCUGACGAACAGUCAUUCAUAAGCAACAUGAUAACAGAGACGUCGUAUAUCGGGUUUAAUGACAUAACAGACGAGGGGACAUUCGUCUGGCAAGAUGGAUCUUCGUCAACAUUCCUUAACUGGGGACCCGGCGAGCCAAAUAAUGCUGGCAAUGAAGAUUGCGCAGAGGUGGUAUCCCCACAAUGGGGUAAGCCUGGUAUAUGGAAUGAUAUACCAUGUGAAAGGGAAAUGCCAUACCUUUGCAGUAAACCAGCAUAUCACUUAAGCAGCCCUCCUCCGCCACCAAGCACUACUACUACAGAGAGGUGGUCGCCCAGGUGUGGCCCUACAUGGAAGUACGACCCUGCUUCGGAUUUCUGCUACCAGGUCAAUACAGAGCAGAGGCUCACAUGGGGCGAGUCCAGACAAGAAUGUCUUAAGGCUGGGGGAGAUCUUCUCAGUAUCACAGGGGUACAUGAACAAGCAUUUGUGAAUGCUCUACUACAAGUAGGUGCAGCGUCUGGUGGCCUCGCAUUCUGGAUAGGGGCAAACGACCGUGAUCUUGAGGGAGGUUGGCAAUGGUCAGACGGCUCUCCUUUCAGAUAUUGGAACUGGAACAAUGGUGAGCCCAAUAACGCAAACACAGGCGAGCAUUGUGUGGAAACAAACGUCAAUAUAGAGGGACGCUGGAAUGACCAUGACUGUGAAAGAAAGUUUUCCUACCUAUGCAAGAAGAUCCCUGACACAAGAACGACCGUCACACCGCCUCCACCCACACCUUUCCCUCAAGACUGCACCGCUGAGCCCAUUCUCUCUGGCUCUCGGUACGUCCAAGAUGAGAUGCUCGUCUCAUCCAGUCAAUCUGACGCUAGCCACGGUCCAGAGACGGGGAGGAUAAGCGGUGGAUGUCCACUUGGUACAAAGCUGUAUAAUGGCAUGUGCUAUGAGUUCUUUGGUGGGUCUAAAACGUACGAGGAGGCAAAGAAACACUGUAGCGCAUGGGGAGGUGGACUCGCUACCAUCAAAGAUGAAGCAGAAAAUACGUUUAUAACUUCUGCGUUGGAGGAGCAGUUUCAGAGGACUGGGAAAAGAUAUUGGUAUAUAGGUUUGGAACAGGAUGGUGACUCCAAUACUUUCCCGAAAUGGAAUGACGGCACAGAUGUCUCAUUUUCGAAGUGGAACACGGGCGAACCGAAUAAUGCCGCUGAGAAGUGUACAAGCGUAGAGCAACCCUCUGGAUGGAACUGGCAUGAUGUGUUCUGCACCAGAGCUGAAUCAUUCAUUUGCAAGAUACCACAACAACCUGAUAGGGGCGGCUGCUGGGUCCCACAGUCUUCCGACAAGAAUCAGUUCAUAGCAGCAAAUUUCGGUUACAACGUUAUUGUCAAAGGAAUCUAUACUCAAGGGUGUCCAGAUAGUACGGGUUAUGUCACAAAGUACAAGAUUUCAUACAUGCUUAGCACGACCUCAAAGUUGAUGUACGUCCAAAGCCAACCAGGAGUUGACGCUAUCUUUGACGCAAAUGCAGACCAGAAUGGUGUUGUAGAAAAUGUUUUUCCUAAGCCAGUUAGAGCGCAGAUAGUCAGGCUCGAGCCACAGGAAUGGUUCCAGAAAAUCUCUCUCAGAUGGGACAUAAUGGGAUGCAGUACACAUGACUGUGAAGGUGAGAAGUUGAUCACUGGUAAAGUGACAGUGGACGAUCAAUACUUAACCGCUUCUUCAAGUGCUGAUCUUUUACAUGGUCCAGCGAGUGCCCGACUUGAUGGCUUAUCAUGGUCUCCUACGUCCAACUCUAAUACACAAUAUAUCCAGGCUGAUUUGGGGGUCGUGAUGAGGAUACUGAGCGUGAUUACCGCUGGAAGUCCUGACACUCCUCAAUGGGUUACCGGUUACACAUUUCUUUACAGUUUAAAUGGAGCAAACUUCAAGGUUUAUCAAGACCCUUAUGGCUCAGACAAAAUACUAACUGGGAACACAAACCAGAACGAUCAGGUUGAAACUACACUUUACUCAAAGAUACACACACAAUAUAUCAGGAUUCAACCCGAGUCUUGGAAGGGUGGUAUCGCCCUAAGAUUUGACAUUAUAGGCUGCCUCCCAGGAUGCGAUCAAACUGCAUUAAUUAACGGACCUCAUCCCGUAUCGAACGAUAAACUUACUGCAUCCUCUUUUAUCGAGAAUCACGGACCUUCGAGAUCUCGUCUCAAUACCAAGAGAGAGGGAGAUUUGAGAGGGGCGUGGUCUGCUGCGUUUAAUGACCAGCAACAAUGGAUUCAGGUUGAUUUGAACAGUGUUAUAAGUGUCAAGGCCGUGUCAACUCAAGGACGCGAUGAUGCUCUGCAGUGGGUGGAGAGAUAUACAAUUACGCAUAGUCUUGAUGGAACAAACUUUGAAAGCUACAAGGAAGGUGCCCUAAACGUCAUAAUCGAGUUUGAUGCCAAUAUUGAUAAUGAUAACGAACGAAAGCAGUUCUUCAGGAGCCCCUUUACUGCUAGAUAUGUCCGGCUUCACCCUACCAAGUGGCACGAACGCAUCUCGUUGAGGUGGGAAAUUCACGGUUGCCCAGGUCCAGAUGCUUCCCAAGAGCUCGGUUGUUUCAAAGAUGAUAUAGCUAAUCCUGAUCUACCAAAUGAACCAAUUGCUAGUCCCCCAGGAGGCAUGGACCCCAAGCUUUGUGUCAACCAUUGCUUCCAUAAGGGUUAUGUAUAUGCCGGAAUAAAAGCGAACCUCUGUAGGUGUGGUAACCGUUAUGGUCAACUUGGAGCCAGCACAGAUUGUACCACCAGGUGUGAGGGAGAUCCUGAUGCGAAUUGUGGUGGUGACAACUCUAACACUGUGUAUAGCACAGGCCUUGCUCCAACUUCUGAGAGAUGCCCUGACUUCUGGACGCCAUACAAUGACAUGUGUUAUCAGGUGCGCUCCAGAAGAGGAACAUGGCAGGAGGGACUGGACUGGUGUAACCAACAGGGUGGAACCCUUGCUACUUCCAAUAGUGCCGCGGUCAAUGACUUCCUGACUGGCCUAUUGGCGGACGCAGAGGGGUCUACACAUGCCUGGAUUGGUCUAAAUGACAAACGAUGGGUUCAGAUGUAUGAGUGGGUCGACGGUCAACCAGUUCUGUACACCAAAUGGAAUGUAGGAGAACCCAACAACUGGCGAGGGCGCCAUGAAGAAUGUGUCUUCAUGUACAAAGAUACGGGAGCAACACGGCAUGGGCGUUGGAAUGAUGAGCUUUGUGACAGAAAAUGGUCUACUGUUUGCCAGACGUCCAAGAAGGUUCUCCCACCUGGCCUAACUCUACCCCCAGAGCCUGGAUGCAUGCCAGGCUGGACACCAUGGCGAUGGUCCUGCUAUAACUUCAUAUUAUCCGGAAGCACGUGGGAAGAAUCUUUAAGAAAUUGCCAGGGUUUUGGUGGAUCACUCAUCCGUAUCGAUGAUAGUGCUGAGAACGCCUGGCUGUCAAGUAAGUUUGCCAGUAAGGAAGGGAUGAUGUUUUGGACAGAUAUGACUGACAAGGACAACCCAGGAACUUACAUAUGGAGUGAUGGUAACCCAAACAUACCAUACACACACUGGGGCCCCAAUCAGCCAGAUGACAGUACGGGGAAUUGCGUGGCUUUUUCUGGAGGUGCUCAGACAGGGCUUUGGUUUGACGAUAGUUGUUCAAACAAGAACCCAUCAGUGUGUGAAAUUCAGAGGACUGAUUACACCACACCACCGCCUCCAUCGACCCCUCUGUCCUCCUUACCAUGUGCUGAGGGUUGGGUCAGCUACGGUGACAACUGUUUUCAGAUUAACUGGAACCACAAUGGCAACUUUCUCCUAACCUGGGACGAGGCUCUUGUGGACUGUAGAUCCAAAGGAGGUGACUUGGCCAGCUUCCACAGUGAGGCAGAGUAUACAUUCAUAUGGAGGAACUACAUGAUUGGUGAAACAAACGGCAAUUAUUGGAUAGGACUUAACACUAGAAGUGGAAAAGAGGGGCAUAAAUGGUCGGAUGGAAGUCCAGUGACUUUCACAAAAUGGGCGGACGGCGAACCUAACGAUUAUAACAAUGCAGAGGACUGUACCGUUGCGCAUGCUCGUGCCGGCAGAUGGAACGACAUCUGGUGUUGGACCGGUCGAAACUGGAUCUGUAAAAUGCACAAAAGUCUCGGCACCCCCAUUCCUACAACGACAGCGCCAUCUCCAGGACCACCUGGAAGUUGCGCCCCUGACAACGACAGAUGGCUUAGGUACAACGACAAGUGUUAUUACUUCAGUAAUCGCACAGAGCAAUUCUCCUGGUAUAAUGCUAGAAGAUUCUGCCAGCAACAAGGCGCAGAUCUUGUGUCUAUACACGAUAUUCAAGAGAGUAACUUCAUUUAUUCACAGGCCCGGCCGUCCACCGGACAGAGUGGUAUGUGGAUAGGACUGAAUGAAUUGGAUUCGAAAGAUGGAUGGAAAUGGUCGGAUGGAACUCCUAACAACUUUCAAAAUUGGGAUGCCAAUCAGCCGAACGACUUUGGUUUCCAACAAACAUGCAGUAUUCUAACCGUCAGAAGUGGAAAAUGGAACGAUGACCAUUGUGACAUUAGGUUUGGUUUGAUAUGUAAGAAGUACCCCGGUGGCACCCCCGCCCCACCCACUAUCCCGCCCCCAAGACCUGGCAACUGUCCGACAGACUAUAUAGAGUUUGGAGAUAAAUGUUUUAAAUUUUUUGGCUCCAAAACUCAGAGGUGGACAUGGCAAGAUGCAAGGAAGGAAUGUCAUGCAAAUGGCAACAAUUAUGAUCUUGCAUCUAUUUCGAACCCUCUUGAACAAGCUUUCAUCACGACCCAAUUAAAGCUACAACCGCUGGGAGCAUACUGGACUGGCAUGUGUAAAUGUAGAAUCAACCAGUUCACGUGGGUAGACAACUCGGAGGUCACAUUUACAAACUGGAAUAGAGGAGAACCAAAUGGAGGAAAUAGGGAAGAAUGUGUCCACGUACUUGGGGCGAGAUUUUUCGCUGGAAAAUGGAACGAUGCUAGAUGUGACGCAAAUUUAGGCUACAUCUGUAUGACUCUAAAACAGACAUCCAUUCCGGUACCACCACCGACGCCCCCUAACCCAUGCCCUAGUGGCUUCCAGAGCUACGGGAACUCUUGCUACAAGGUGUUAACGGCCCUCCAGUCGUGGACGAAUGCGAGAGACGCCUGCAAGACAGAGAGUGCCCAUCUUACCUCAAUCACCAGUCAGUACGAGCAGGCCUACAUAUACUUACUGAUGAAGACGAGUGGUCUAACAGCCGAUUCAGUUUGGAUUGGUCUCAGUGACAAAAAUGUUCCUGGUACCUUUUUAUGGGAGGAUAACUGGCCAGUUGUGUACACAAGGUGGGACAAAGGACAACCAUCUUUCACGGGCGGUGGUUGUGUUAGCAUAAAACAAGAUAGCCAUUGGAAGGAUACUUGGUGUCUAAUGCAGCAACCAGCUAUUUGCAAAUUUACAACAGAUUCGCCACCAGUACCUACCCAGCACCCACCUGGUCCUGGAAUGUGCCCGGAUGCAGACGAGGACCAUGAUUGGUUACAUUUUAAUGGAUAUUGCUACUUCAUAUAUCAUGAACCAGAUAAAAACUUUGCCGAGGCUGACUUUGAAUGCCAUACUAGAAAUGCUGAGCUUGCAUCUGUACAUAGCAAAGAAGAAGACAAUUUCAUCGUUGCUCAUUUGAGAGAAUAUGCAAGACAUAAAGUUUACAUUGGCUUCUGGAGAGGACUAACAGAGGGCUUUGUUUGGAAAGAUGGAAGUCCAGUUCAGUUUACAAACUGGGGAAAGAAUGCCCCGUCAAAUCAGACCAACACCGGCAAUGCUGACGACGACAAGAAUUGUGUUGAAUAUAAUCCAACCGUGGAAAAAUGGUUCGAUCAAGUUUGCUGGGCAAGACGAGGAUAUGUUUGUAAAACUAAAGCAUUAUACAACACAGGUGAUACAACCACCAAAUCUUCUGCGCUUUUCACAACAAAGUAUACUAAAAUCACAUUACCACCUUGGAGAACGACCCGUCAAGGCUGGACGUGGCCAAUUGUUUGGACAACGCAAGGACAAACUGCAUUACCAAUAACACAAGGUCCACCAACAAAAAGCUCGUCUAUCGGGGGUAUAAUCGGGGGUGUAGUAGCAGGUGUGGUAGUAAUAUGCAUAAUAGCAGUAGCUGUGAUAUUUUACAACAAAAGAAAAUCUGAUAGGCCACUUCUGAAACCAGACAGUAGCUUUGAGAAUCCUGGGUAUUCAGUUACAUCCGGGACAGUUAAUAUGGGCAACAAAGAUGGAAGUGAAACGUACACAUAAUCUUUCCACAUUUGAUUAUAAAUGAUGUCAUUAUUUACAUAUUUUUCGUCAUAUAAUAGCAGAUCUAGAAAACACAUUUGAUUUUACUUUCUUAUUUGUGUUAAGGUCCUUAUUUGUUGAGAUCUUGCAUAUUUUGUGCUGCCUGCUGCAGAUCAUUAUUUUUGAUACAUGACUUAAAAUGUGUUGUUGGAUAGAAAAUAGGGAGUUUAAUCAUGCACUGUUUUUUCACAACCUAAACGUGAA